CUGAAAAAUGGGCCGAGGUUCUUCUCAAUCAGAACAGAAAUCUAAACGCCAUGAUAUGCAAACGCUUUGUUGUCUAUCUGAUGUUCUUGUUCUUGGCGACAAUGGCUCGGACAAAGACCCCAAAAAUUGCAUCUGUUCGCCAAGACAAACAUUUCGUGUUCGCUAAAGCGGGAGACAGCCUGACUCUGCAAUGCUUCUACGAAAACAUUGUGGACGCACGGUUCUACUGGUACAGGCAAAAUCUGGGACAGAACCCAAGGCUGGUCUCCUCCUAUUACAAGUACGAGACGAACGCCACUUUCCACAAUGAAUUCAGAAACAAUCCGCGCUUUGAGCUGGAGACCACUAAAGGCAAAAAUCACUUGAAGAUAAGAGAUCUGAAGAUUUCAGACUCUGCAGUUUACUUCUGUGCAAGUAGCUACCUAUACAUGCUGGAUUUUGCUGAAGGCACAAUGGUGUAUGUAGAACAAACAGGUUCCAAGCUGCAAAUUUCAGUUGAUCAGUCAGCAUCAGAGACCCUCCGGCCCGGAGGCUCUGUGACCCUGAACUGUACGGUACAAACUGGGACCUGUGGCGGGGAGCACAGCGUUUACUGGUUUAAAAACUCUGAAUACUCUGAACCAGGACUCAUUCACAGCAAAGGGGGUGAGAACAAGCUGUGCAAGAACAAAUCCAGUGCACGGACACACAGCUGUGUGUACAAGCUGCCGAUUAGCAAACUGGACGCCUCUCAUGCUGGAACCUACUACUGUGCGGUUGCCUCGUGUGGACACAUUCUGUUCGGAAAAGGAACAAAGCUGGACUUAAAAGGUGAGCAACUGCAAUGCAAAACAAAACAAAAAUGA